UUCAACCCCAGUAAAUGAAAAUUCGGUCCCUUGUACAACUAUUUCAGUCGGACCCGGGUCUAUGGAUUACAUUCCAAAUACCUAAAAUAAGUCCACCCGACAGGAAAAUGGACGAUGAUGCUUAGCCUAUUUUAGCGGCCACGUAUGGCCUCCUUCACCUGCCCACGCCUGCAACAAAGUCGGCUCCAACUUUUAUCCUUUGCUCACUGCAACUACUCUUCUGCUUUAAUCACUUUCUUGAAUGUUUCAACAACGAAGCACGCAUUCGACCGAAGAUUUUCACCAUUUCUUCAAGUUAAUGCGCAUGUUGCCCCCUUGGAAGCAAGGUUGCCCAAGAACACCCACCACAAUGUCUCAAGAAACAACCAUAAAGCUAUUGGGCAGAAUGGUUCUGGGGUUUCCGCUGAUAGUCUGAGGGACAGAAGAAUUGGUGAAAGUUUUCAAAAAAGUAGUCAUUUUGAUGCAGCUGUAGCGGAUAAUGUUGAGAAAAGAGUUAUACUGAAGGACAGACAUGCAAAGACUAGAUUAAACCCCAAAAGCAGAACAGUUACUAGUCCUCAGUUUUCUUCGACGAGGUCUAAGGAUGGAAAUACAGGAAAAUAUGUCAAGAAAGCACAGGGAAAUGGACAGGGCACUAGCAAGAAGGAAAGAAAGCCAGAGAAUGAGGACCAAGUUAAUCAGCUGGAAGUUGAAAGGGUAGGAAAGGGUUCUAAGAAAAGUAAGGCUGAUACACCUGGAACUGUGCUGAGGGCAGGGCUCGAUAUGUGCUCUAAAAGGGGGGAUGUUAUUGGUGCAAUUAGGCUAUAUGAUUUAGCAAGGAAAGAAGGGAUGAAUUUGGGGCAGUACCAUUAUGCUGUACUUCUCUAUCUUUGUUCUUCUGCUGCCACAGGUGUUGUGCAGCCAGCAAAAAGCGGUAGCGGUAAUAGAAGCUUGAAUCCUCUGGGGUUGUCCAAGGAGAUAAACUCUGAAAAUAAAGAGGGGCUGGAUUUCAAUGGUUUUCCGGCUAAGGUAAACAAUCCUGUAAGUUUUUCAAAUGACUCAAAGUUACCCUAUCCUCAAAGUUUAGAUGAGAUGGUUCAGUUCAUGAAGUCUGACACUGAGCAUGCGAACAAAGAUGUGAUGGGAGAAGAAGGUUCUGGAAUUCAAGUUACUCUGGAUGUCAAGAGAUACGCACUUAAAAGGGGAUUUGAAAUAUAUAAUAACAUGCUUUUUGAUAAGGUUCCAAUGAAUGAAGCGACAUUUACAUCUGUGGCUAGAAUUGCAAUGUCAUUAGGAGAUGGAGACUUGGCCUUUGAUGUUGUAAAGCAAAUGAAAGAAUUAGGAAUUAACCCUCGAUUGCGAUCUUAUGGUCCUGCACUGUCAGUUUUCUGCAACAAUGGAGAUGUUGAGAAAGCGUUUAUGGUUGAAGAACAUAUGUUGCAGAAUGGUGUCUGUCCAGAGGAGCCAGAACUACAAGCACUUUUGAGAGUAAGUGUAGAAACUGGAAAGAGUGAGAGAGUCUAUUAUCUGUUGCAUAAGCUAAGAACAAGCGUUAGGCAGGUCUCGUCUUCUACUGCAGAUUUGAUCGAGAAGUGGUUCAGGAGCAAGGUAGCUUCAAGAGUGGGGAAGAGGAAAUUGGGUCAAAGACUCAUAAAGAAAGCAAUGGAAAAUGGAGGUGGCGGUUGGCAUGGGCUGGGCUGGUUGGGUAAAGGGCGCUGGACUGUUUCGCGUACAUCUGUGGGAUCUGAUGGCUUAUGCAGAUGUUGUGGAGAAAAAUUAGUCACCAUUGACCUUGAUCCUGCAGAAACUGAACAUUUUGCCAGAUCAGUGACUUCGCUUGCCAUACAAAGAGAUAAAAAUUCAAAUUUUGAAAAAUUUCAAAAAUGGCUCGAUUAUUACGGACCGUUUGAAGCAGUCGUAGAUGGAGCAAAUAUUGGCCUUUACACUCAAAGAAAAUUUAAACCAUCCAAGGUUAAUGCAGUUGUUAAUGGACUUCGUCAAAUGCUUCCAUCUAAGAAAUGGCCACUCAUUGUCUUGCAUAACAGGCGUCUAACUGGAGAUAAGAUGAAUGAACCUGCCAAUCGAGCACUGAUUGAGAAGUGGAAAAAUGCAGAUGCACUCUAUGCAACUCCUACUGGAUCAAAUGAUGAUUGGUACUGGUUAUAUGCAGCCAUCAAGUUUAAAUGCUUAAUUGUUACGAAUGACGAGAUGAGAGAUCACUUAUUUCAACUUCUGGGAAAUGAUUUUUUCCCUAAAUGGAAAGAAAGACAUCAGGUACACUUCAGCUUUUCCGAAACUGGUCCAGUAUUUCACAUGCCGCCGCCAUGUUCUGUUGUAAUUCAGGAGUCAGAGAAAGGCCACUGGCAUAUUCCAGUUGUUUCAGAAAUUGAAACUCAUGGUGAGGGAACAUGGUUAUGUGUUACAAGAUCUCACCCGCUGAAAAGAGGCCUAGAUUCUUCUAAUGUUGAUAAAGACUCCGAGCUUUGACUGAAAUGUAUUCAUUCUGCUUCUGAGAACCAGAGUUGCACCUUCCUCAUGGCAAGGGAAACCAAAGAAGCGUGGGCAGUCAAAAGAGAAGGCAGAUUAAGCUGGAGCCGACGGGAUAUAGCAGUCAUGAUGGCAGUAAACAGGCACCUCAAAAAACAUACCAGAAUCUUAAAAAUAUUCUGUCGUCAUCUUUGUUAGCAGAUUAUCGCUCAAUCACUCCACAACUAGAGGCUGCAGAGAAUUGUGGUGGCUGCAUAAUUGAUUUUCAAAUUUGAGUUCAGUAACUCAAAAGGUACUAUGAAGGGCCCGGGUGGAAAACUGAAAAUUUGGCAUCAUGGUGGUAGAUCAUACGUCUAUGUAAGAGCAUAAAUGAUGAAUUUUUUGUAAUCCUGUUAAAAACAUGCAUAGAGAGGCAGAUAAUCCUUUUGUUAUGUAGAUGUUAAGGUGGACAUUAUGUUGACUGGGAGGGAAGAAGUUAGUUGCAGCGCUGCUGAUUUCAGUAUGUGCUUUGUAACUUAUCUCCAUGCAAAGUCUUCCUGACAGUUGGAAGUUAGUGUGUGAGAGUUGUAUUUUUUCUGCGGGAUUUAACUGUUGAAGUUUAUAUGACAUAAAACUGCUGCUACUUCUUGCUAC